AUGCCAGAUACAAACGUUUCAUCAUCACCAACAACAGCUGUAAAUGUACCACCGGUCUAUGGAGGAUUAGAAGGUCCCGAAUCGAUGUAUUUAAAAUUGAUAUCUAGCGAUAACCAUGACUUUGUUGUCCGACGUGAUUUCGCAAUAAAUGCAUCACCGACAAUUAAAAAUAUGUUAUCGGGUCCAGGACAAUAUUCUGAUUCACAAAUGAAUGAAAUUUAUUUAAAAGAUAUACCAUCACAUGUACUAAUUCAUGUUUGUCGAUAUUUAUCUUAUCGAGCUAAAUAUACAAAUUCAUCCAUUGAUAUACCAGAAUUUCCUAUUGAUACACAAGUUGUCCUAGAAUUAUUAGUAGCAUCGGACUUUUUAGAUUGUUAA